AUGCCGCCCAUCGCCCCGAACCCGUCGUCUCCCUCGCGUCCCGACCGUAACACCUCCGCAGGCGCAACUAUGUCGUGGGGCAUCCUAGAGUCUAAGUCCCUGGAGAAGGUUCCGGGGACCACCCGUUAUUUCGAUGACCUCGAGAGACCUCAGAUCGCGGACGCCAAUACUCUUCUGAAAUGCGACAGGUCGGGCCCGGUGCCCAUCAUUCUUGUCCCUCAACCGUCAGACGACCCCAAUGACCCUCUCAACUGGCCGAUAUGGAAACGCGACACGAUCACCUUCAUCCUCUCGAUGAGCGCCAUCUUUGCUACCUCGCUCGGGUCCAUUCUCGCGGCGGACACAAUCGUUAUGACCAUUAUAUUCAGGACGACAUUUACGAAGGUGGCUUUGAUGACUGGAUACUUUUUGCUUGGUGUCGGCGCAGCGGCCGUGUUCUUCGUCCCUUCGGCUAGGAUUUGGGGAAAGCGACAUGCCUUCAUUUUCGGCCUCAUCCUUCUCAUUGCUUCCUCCGCGUGGGCUGGCUCUGCCAGAGAGUUCAAGGCCCCCGGUUUGGGCAAAUACGGCUCGUUCAUCGGUGCUCGCGUUGUCCAGGGUGUCGGCUGUGCUCCGUUCGAGACUCUCGUCAACGCUGCCGUCAGUGAUCUCUACUUUGUCCACCAAAGAGGCAUUCGUAUGGCUUUUACUAAUUUAGCCGUGUUUGGCGGUGCAUUCUUCACUCCUAUUUUGGUUGGAAAGAUUACCGAGUCCCUGGGCUGGUAUUGGGCAUUCUACUUCGUCGCCAUCUUCUGCGCCCUUUGCCUAGUUUUGGUGUUCUUAUUUUGCCCAGAGACGGCUUAUCGUCGCGACGCUUCGCUUAACACUGACAUGGAGGCGGAGGUCCGGCAUGCAUACGACUCUGCUCAACAGUCGCCUCCCCAUACUGAAACCAGGAUUUCUGGCGGCACCGAGACCUUGGCAAACAACAUACCGACGAACUUGGACCCGGCCAAGGCCGAAGUAGCCGGAGUGGCAACGUCCUUUAACCCGGCUCGUUUUAUCCCGCCAAAACGCACCUUUGCUCAAUCGUUGGCUCCGUUCAACGGGAGGAAGACGGACGACGCUUUCGGGGAACUUCUUCUUCGGCCUUUCGCUCUCGUGUUCCACCCUGCUUUCUUGUGGGCCUGUAUGGUGCAAGGUACUAUGAUUGGAUGGACUGUCUUUAUCGGUGCUAUCAUCGCAUCUAUUUUCACCGGGGGCCCGUACUUUUGGACCGAGGUAGAAAACGGGUAUGCCUAUGCUGGUCCCUUCGUCGGCGCACUAAUAGGCUUCGUUGUGGCCGGGCUGGGGGCAGAUUUCAGCGUCAAGUGGCUGACACGGAGGAACAACGGCAUCUAUGAGCCUGAGUUCCGAAUCUUCCUCACCAUCCCUGCGUUCGCCGCUGGGUGUGCCGGCUUAUACGGUUUCGCUAUCACGGCGUCGCAACUCAUCACUGGCAAGUACCAUUGGAUUGUGCCCAUUAUCUUUUUCGGCCUUCAGGUCGCUGGAAUGGUCAUCAGCACCGUAUCCAGCUCGCUCUACAUUGUAGACGCCUACCGUGAUCUGGCUAUUGAGGGAUUUACCAUGAUGAUCAUCUUUAAGAAUUUCUUCAGUUUCGUCCUCACCUUCUUUGCAUUUGACUGGGUCACUACGGGCAUGGGGAUCAAGUGGACUAUUGUCAUCAUUGCCUCGAUCCAGGUCGUCAUCUUCCUCACUAGCAUCCCGAUGUACAUCUACGGAAAGCGAAUUCGUGCUUGGUCAUUUAAGCAUAACCCUGUUCAACGGUUGGCUGUAAUGUAUGCACCGUUCAGCCGCUGGUUCGACUCCACCAUCACACCUCGAAUAAAUCAUCUCUACAAUCAAUCUUCGGCGUCGAAGGAGUAA